UACUUCACAACAGAAUGCCCUUAUGCUCGUUAACCUUUAACGAUAGUAUAACAUCGUUGGUUUCCGCAAAGCGCCGUUAUAUGAAAAGCAUGCAGAAUGGAUGAAAUAAAUGCUCUAAGCUGCGUGGGACACGAUGAUAUUGUUUCCCUACGAAUACUUUGCACAAUGGCUCGAGAUGACAAACAUAGUCUUGAGGAAGUAGACAUGUAUGGGAACACUGCUUUAUUGAAAGCCUGCUAUUUGGGCCGAUAUGAGUGCGCUCGAACGCUUCUAGAUUUUGGAGGAAAUAUCUAUGCCAUUAACUACUUUGGACAAAAUGCCCUAACCUUAGCAAGCUAUGCUGGUCAUUUGCCUCUAGUUAAGGAGCUUUUACGUCGAAGAUCUUACAAUGAUUUCAAUCUUUCCUCAAUGAUCCCGGCUGUCUGCGUGGCCAUCAUGCAAAACCAUUCCGCCCUGGAGGCAUAUUUUACUCAGUUGGAUCCGAAAAACUUAAAAGAAAUUCAAACAGUUCAUGGUCUAGGAGUUAAAGAUCUACGCCGAAUGAUGAAACAAGCAGCACGUUUGAAUAGGAAGAACGUUGCACCGCCCUGUACUUUUAUUGAUAAUUAUCUGCGUUAAUAUUUUGUGACGUCAUUAUUUUGCAAUUUAUAAAUUUAGUUUAAAAUAUAAAUUAUUGUCCUUAGUGUGA